AUAGUAUAAUAGUAUGGUACAUUUACAGUAAUAAAUUUGACAAUUCGUUUAGCUAAGCAACCAUGCUUUCCAAACUUGUCGUCGAGAGUUUUUCAUGGUCCACGACCACGGCUGCUGAUCAAUUCCAUCAGCCCACCGCCGCCGCCGCCGCCAUCGUCAUCGCUCUUCUUAUCCUAUCCCUAUCGCUAUGCCUUCUUCUGGUUGUCAGGAAACCGAGCAGGGCUGCUGCGCCGGGGCCGAGAGGCCUCCCCCUGGUAGGGAACCUCCUCUCCCUGGAUCCCGAGCUCCACACAUACCUGGCGGGCCUGGCCAAAUCCUACGGCCCCAUUUACAGGCUGAAGCUGGGUACAAAGACCUGCAUCGUCAUCACCUCCCCCGCCGUAGCCAAGGAGGUCCUCAAGGACCACGACACCACCUUCGCCAACAGGGACGUCCCCGUCGUCGCCAAGGAAUGCUCCUACGGCGGCGUUGACAUCGCCUGGAGCCCCUACGGCCCCGACUGGCGGAUGCUGCGGAAGGUUUGCGUCCGGGAGAUGCUCUGCGCCAAGACCCUCGACUCCGUCUACGCCCUCAGGCGCCGCGAGAUCCGCCGCACCAUCAACCACCUGUUCUCCCAGUCUCAGUCACAGUCAGGGUCGACGAUCGACGUGGGCGAGCAGAUAUUCCAGGUUGUGUUCAACGUGGUCACCAACAUGCUGUGGGGUAACACCGUCAAGGGAGAGGACGAGGCCAGCGUCGUCUCUGAGUUUAAGGACGUCGUCGGGCAGAUGACCGCCCUGAUGGGAAUGCCUAACUUCUCCGACUUCUACCCCGUCCUGGAGAGGUUCGAUCUUCAGGGGAUUCGGAAGAGGAUGCAAGGACUGGCUUGUAGGUUCGACAGGAUCUUCGAGGCCAUGAUCGACCAGAGAAAGAGAUCCAAAAUGACCGGAGACGACGACGCUGCUGCUGGGAAGGAGAGUAAGGAUUUCUUGCAGUUUCUUUUGCAGCUGAGAGACGAUGCAGAUUCCCAGACGACGCCUCUCACCAUAACCCAUCUCAAAGCCUUGCUCAUGGACAUGGUUGUAGGAGGAACAGACACAACCGCCAACACGAUCGAAUUCGCACUAGCUGAGAUGAUGGGCAAGCCUCAAGUGCUAAAGAAAGCGCAGCAAGAGCUGGACAGUGUGGUGGGUAAAGACAGCAUCGUCGAAGAAACUCACAUCAGCAAGCUGCCCUAUCUGUACUCGGUGAUGAAGGAAGUCCUACGCCUCCAUCCAACCCUGCCGCUGCUAAUCCCUCACUGCCCCAGCGCCGCCUGCACCGUCUCAGGCUACACAAUACCAAAGGGUGCCCGCGUUUUCGUCAAUGUCUGGGCGAUCCACAGGGACCCUCUGAUAUGGGAGAAUCCUUUGGAGUUCAAUCCAGAGAGAUUCAGCGAUGCCAAAUUGGACUUCAGUGGGAAUGACUUGAGCUAUCUCCCUUUCGGGUCGGGCCGAAGGAUCUGCGCUGGAAUAGCCAUGGGCGAGAGGAUGUUCAUGUAUUCCUUGGCUUCACUGGUGCACUCAUUUGACUGGAGUGUGCCCUCAGGGCAAAGCUUGGACUUGUCUGAGAAGUUUGGGAUUGUCUUGAAGAAGAAAACACCAUUGGUUGCAGUCCCAACUCCGAGGUUGCCCAAUUCCAGCUUGUAUGAGUAACAUCUUUGGAAUUUUGUUUGAAAUUCAAUAGUUCCGCAAUGCAUCCGAUUGUGUGCUUUUUGCUUCGUAUGCAUAAUGCAUACUAUUGAGCGACAGCACAAAUGGAGUUCUGUAUUAUUAUUAUUAUUAUAGUGUAUCGGUUCGGUUUGAUGCCAAAUAAGUUGUCCCACUCCCAAUGCUGUAAUGAACGAGCAGCUGCUGCGAAUUAAUGUUUCAAAACGUUACCUAAAAUAAGGAUGUGUAUAUUCAGGCACUGCCUUGCCUUGCCUGUGCUCAGAUGGAAUAUGAAAGAGUUCAUUUACAGCAAGCAGAA